AUCUUAUUAAUUUUUAUAAUGCUAUAGAUAAUAUUUUUUAGUUCUCACUUUACUUCUCCUACUGUACAUAUUAAAGAGAUGAAGUAGAGAGAAGAACGAAAGAAACAACUCAUACAAUGAUGAACAAUCUUUCCCCUCCAAUAUUUGAUCCUUUCUGCUCACAAAAUGAUGAAUUAUUCUAUAACAUCCCCGAUUUUGUACCUGCAACUCAAAUAUUAGCAGAUCAAGGUGAUCAAAUAAUCCCUACACAAGAACAACAACAAAAUGAUGAGUUUAUCAAUCAAUUUCCCACUUUUAUUGAAGAUCCUUCUUUGGAAACCAAUAAUAAUCAUAUUGUCCAACUUAAAAAACGAUCAUUAUCGUCAACUUUAAGGGCAACUAUUGAUUAUGAUCAUAAAAAUGUUGAUAUAAUUCCUAAUGAUAAGAAGAAAAAGCAGAAGAUUAUACAUAGAGAAGUGGAGAGACAAAGAAGACUUGAGAUGUCUUCCCUUCAUAUUUCUCUAAGAUCUCUUCUUCCUCUCGAAUAUAUUAAGGGGAAGCCAUCGAUUUCUGCACAUCUGGAAGAGGCAGUAAAGUACAUAAAGCAGAUGCAACAAAAAAUCAAAGGAUUAAAUGACCAAAGAGAUGGCCUAAGGAAAGAAGUGUCCAAUAUUGAGAAGCAUGCGCAUGAUCAUAAUAAUGUGAUUAUAAAUGUUUUCAAAGAAAGUUUAGAAGUGAUUGUGAGCACUAAAUGUGAGGAUGUUGAAGGUGAUGAAGGGUUGCCUCUUUCAAAGGUGCUUCAAUGUUUAAUCCAAGAAGGUCUAGAUGUGGUCAGCGCCAUUUCUAAGAAAGUCAACACCAAUUAUGUUCACUGCAUUCAUGCUCAGGUCAUAGAUGAGGGGAACAUUGCUAUUGACGUAACGAAUCUGAAGAAAAAAAUAGCUGAUAUCCAGAUAUAAAGUUCUAUUUAUAUGCACAACUUUAAAAUCUCUAACUACUAAAAUUUAAAUGCAUGAUUUGUUUUAUUUUUUAUAUUUUAAAUUCUUUGAAGUUUUCAAGAUUUAUGAAAUUUGAGAGAAGUGUGUGGUA